ACCCCUCAUCCCUCCAUCUUCAGCUUCACUCCUCCAACAUGGAGGCUCUGGGAGGAUAUCCGUCCAAAUCAUCCAGCUCCAGACCCCGGCUGGUGUCCCUGGUCCUCACCGUGUCCCUGUGCAUCAGCUCGCUGUUCCUCCUGCACGCACAGAUCUCCAGGAGCCGCUCACACGCAGACUUUUACUCCUUCCAGGUGAAGGACACGAAGGGGAGAGGAGUCUCACUGGAGAAGUAUCGGGGGAAGGUGUCUCUGGUUGUAAACGUGGCGAGCCACAGUGAGCAGUCUGAACAUAAUUACCGAGAGCUGCAGGAGCUGCACCGGGCUCUCGGGUCGACUCAUUUCACCGUCCUGGCUUUCCCGUGUGCACAGUACGGAGAGACAGAACCGGGGACAGGUCGAGAUGCAGAGGCCUUUGCCAGGUCCAACUACGCAGUCACGUUCCCGUUCUUCAACUUGAUAAAGAUCAUGGGGUCAGAGGCGGAGCCAGCCUUCAGAUUCCUCACAGAUUCAGUUCAACAGAUGCCAAAAUGGAACUUCUGGAAGUUCCUGGUGGGUGCAGAGGGUCAGGUCCUGCGGGUUUGGAAGCCCGAGGAGCCGAUGGAGGAAAUCAGGAGGGAAGCGACGGCUCUCGUACGGGAAAUCAUACUGAAGAAGAGACAUGAGCUCUGAGAGAAAUUCUGUGCGCUGAGGUGGAAAAGUUCUGAGGGUUCUCAGAGGAACGACGCCUCAGUGUGGCGCUGGAACAGAACGGAGAACUCUGCCUGUGGUGGUGAAGAGUGUGUGUGUGUGAGUGUGUGUGUGAGAGAGAAAGAGAACAUGUUGGAAAGGUGAAUUUAUUCCAAGUGAAGUGUGAAGUCUCAGGGCGUUCACGGUGACUGAACCCACCUGCCAAUCCCAAACAUCCCUAAUGUCACAUAUUUAAUGUUAAUCUGUCAGUUUCAUCUCGACUCUUAUUGAGCGCACAACCACUUUAGAGAUUUCAGUUUAUUACUAAAAGACUUAAAAUAAUAAAUGUGUUAUUGUUGUAAAAUAUUUGUUUAAAAUAAAAGUUUAAACACCA